AUGGAGAUCUCCACUUCAAGCCCGCAGUUCGUGUCCGUGUCGACCCCGCUGGGCACCAAGCAGAUGAAGCUUGCUCCGUUCGACAGUGACACGUCGAAAUCGCGCAAGAAAUCUAGCCAGAAGAAGCGCAAAGCGGAGGUAUCCUCGUCGCCGCCGUCGUCGUCUAGCUCCAAUUCCAGUCCCUCCAAGGCCACAAAGACCGUCAAGAAUGCUCCAUCCAAUGAUGCAAGCUGGACAAAAAACUUGCAGCGACGUGGAGGCUUCUGGGGCGACGCAAAUUGGUACGAUCUACAAUUGGAGAAACGCAUGCCGCUGGCCAAGCCUAUGCUGACUGAGCUGGUGCUUGCGUUGCCUCCGUGUGGCGAUAAGACUGUGCUAGACCUUUGCGCAGGCAGCGGACGAGCCUCUGCAGGCAUUCUAGAGGCUUAUCCGACAGUCAAGUUGAUCUUAAUGGACUCGUCCGAGCAGAGACUGGCAAUGGCGAGUCAGAGACUUGAAGCCAUACAAACGGGAGUCAAAGAGAAGACGCAGUUCAUCACCAAGGUGGUGACACCCAGUGCGACAACGGAGCUCUACGACGAGCCAGUGGACGUAGUAGUAGCCUGCCUGGCCUUCCACGUACUCACGGAGAAGCCAGCGCAUUAUACACAAGCAAAGGAAGAAAAGACGAUGUCGGUUGACGAGGAAUACGAAGAGCUCUUUCGAGCAGUGUGGAGGACACUACGUCCCGGAGGACACGUCGUGUUUGCAGACCACGUCGGUCAACUGGCACUGUUUAAACAGUUAAAGACACUGGAAAAGGCUGGCUUUGAAGACGUGGACUGCGCAUGGCGUCAAGAUGAUUCGUUCGUGGCUGGUGGGCGGAAACCCUUGAUUAAUUAG